ACAAGCAUGUCCAAAAGAUCCGGACUAACAUCGUCACAACUAAAAGAGAUUACUAAGGUUUCUGAAGCUCAAAGAGAAAUAAAUAAAAUCCCUUUUAAAGAUCAAAGACGAAUCGCUGACCUUAGCAAUGAGCAUCAGGAUGUUCAAGUUCUACUUAGAGGUCUAUUGGAGCUUAGAGAGUUUGAUGAUAUCAAAACAACCUUAACCCUUCGUGAAUUUUUAAACCUUUCGAUGAAUAUACCGAGUGGACAC